AUGAUGACAUCAUCACCAUCAUCAACGUUGAUUAGUAAUCCUCCUGCGCCUCAACGGCGAUUAGCUCAGUACCAUCCUACCAUUUGGGACCACAAACUCAUCGACUCCUUCACCACUCACUACACCUAUGAAUUACACGCCACACGAUUGGAGAGUCUAAAGCAGAACGUUGCUAAAACGUUGCUGGCUGCAUCCACCAGUAACAAAGGCAGCUCUGCCAGCACUUGUUCCGUUUUAAAGCUUAUCGACUCAAUGCAGCGGUUGGGAGUGGCCUACCAUUUUGAGAAAGAGACCGAUGCAGCUCUACUUAGUCUCGUUUCUUCGAGCACUCAUGGUACCGCAGAUGAUCUUCACACAGUUGCCUUGCAAUUCCGGAUACUAAGAGAACAUGGCAUCUCUAUUAGCCCAGAAGUGUUUAACAAGUUUAGAAGUAGAGACGGAAGCUUCAAAGACAGCUUAAGCAAGGACGUGGAGGGACUUUUGAGUUUGUACGAAGCCUCACACCUUGGGAUGCCUGGGGAAGAAGAAGAUCAUGUUUUGGAAGAAGCCAAGAGUUUUAGUACCAAAAACUUGAGACAACUGGUAGGAACAUUGGAAGACGAUAAUUUAUUAAAGCAAAUAGUAGAGCAAUCACUAGAAACCCCCCUGAAUUGGAGGAUGCCAAGAAUAGAAGCCCGGAACUUCAUCGAUAUCUACGAAAGAGACAAUUCUAAGAACCUGGCUUUGCUUGAAUUGGCCAAGUUGGAUUAUAAUCUUGUCCAAUCAGUAUACCAAAUGGAGAUAAAGGAGCUGUCAAGGCAAGACAUCUACGUGGUGGAGAGACUUGGAUUUCAAAAACAAGGCAAGUUUCUCAAGGGAUAG